AUGUUAACGAAAAAAGAAAUUGAACAACUAAUUGAUAAAAAAAAUUCGUCAUUGAAAAUUGUCAAACCAACAGUAACACCAAAAUCUUCAGCUGUAUGGAAUAGUUUUAGUCAUAUUUACGUUAAAGAUAUCAAACAGGAAUAUGUUGUUUGCAAUCAAUGUGAAGAAUUACUUAUUUAUAAACCAUCUUCUGGUACUAAUUCUUUAUCUAAACAUAUUAGUAGCUGUCAAAAGGUCAAAACGACAGCUUCUCAUAAUCAGACAACUAUCAAUCAAUUUUAUGCAUCUUCAAAAAAUGAACCUGCUAUUCCAGAUCGAGUAAAGCAGGAAAUCAACGUUGCUUGUGCUGAAUUUGCAGCACUUGAUUCUCGAUCAUUUAAAACAAUUCAUGGAAUAGGCUUCAAAAAUCUUGCACAAAAAAUUUUCGAUGCCGGCAAAUAUUUACCUAUAUCUAAAGAUAUUAAUGUUGAAAAAUUACUUCCACAUCCAACAACAAUUAGCCGUCAAAUUAAUAAAUUAUAUAAUCAAAAGCAUCAGCAAUUAGUUUCAAUUUGUGAGAAAAUGCUUGAAUAUACUGUUGUUGUUGAUUCUUGGAAGGAUAUCCAUACGGGUAUUCAAUAUUGUGGAAUUUCGUUACAUCACAUAAAUGAUGAUUGGAAAUUAUACUGUUUUGUGUUAGGAUGCUACCAUUAUGAUCUUGAAUCAAAUAGUGCAAUUAAUACAAGGAAGUUUGUUGAAUCAAAACUAUCUGAUUAUAAAUUACAGUUAAAUGAAAAUGUUUACAUUGUUUCCGAUAACGAACCAAAGAUGCUUUCAACAUUCAGAUUAAACUGUCAGCGUAUUGGUUGUUCGUGCCAUUUCAUCAAUAAACAGCUUGAACAUAUGUUUACUAAAAAAGAAAUUGAUAAAUCACCUGUACAAUGUGAUCUUGCUCAAGUAUUAUUUGAACGUGUAAAGAAAAUAGUUUCUCAUCUAAGAAGGUCUCAUAAACAGACCAAGAUGUCGAAAAGAGUACAAACGUACUCAGAAACAAGAUUUAAUGGUGCUUAUCAUAUGUUACAAGUAUUUUUGGAUAUUUUUGAUGAAUUAGGUCUUGUUCUUGAUAAUAUAAAUUUAAACGAAUAUUUGUUGUUGGAUAAAGAAUUUUUGGAACAAGUAUGUUCAUUUCUGAAAGUGUUCGAUGAGGUAAUCGAACAACUUAGUGAUGAUAAACAACCAACCAUUUAUAAAGUUCUUCCACUUCAUCAACGAUUACUUAACGAAUGCGAAGUAAAACCGAACGAUUGUGAAGCUCGACGUCUUAAAACUGUAUGGGUUUUGCAGGACGUUCACUAUAUUUCAUGUUUACUUCACCCGUCUUUAAAACAAUUUCAAAUUGCUCCUCAUGAAAAAUCUAAAGCUAUGGAUUUAGUUAAAGCUGAAUUGUUAAAACGUCAAUCGUCUACAUCUUCUGGAUCAUCAAUUAUCAAUAUAACACCUUGUUCUUCGACAAAGUCUUCAACAACAUCAAAAUCACAACAACUUACACCAACAACCCAAAAUAUUCUUUUAGAAUGCUUUGAUCAUCCUGCUGAGGAUGAAGAUCCAGUAUUAGUUCCAUCACCAGAGAAAGAAUUAACACAAUAUUU